AGCUCUGCCCUUCAGCAGGCUGGAAUGGUUCGGUGUGACGUGCUCUGUGUGCUGCAGUUUGGUGCGGUGAGGGGAGCUCAGGCAAGCUCUGCAGUCACAGCAUGGAUACAAUAACCUUUGAUGAUGUGCAAGUGGACUUCACUUUGGAAGAGUGGGCUUUGUUGGAUCCUUCUCAGAAGAGUCUUUACAAAGAUGUGAUGCUGGAGACCUACUGGAACCUCACUGCUAUAGGUUACAAUUUGGAAGACCAUAAUAUUGAAGAACAUUUUCAAAGUUCUAGAAGACAUGGAAGACCUGAAAGAAGUCUUACUGGAGAGAAACCCUAUGAAGACAUUAAAUAUGGUGAAGCCUUUGCACAUUACAGUAGUCUCCAAAUACGUAAAAGAAUUCCUACUGGAGAGAAACUCUAUGAAUGUAAUCCAUGUGGUAAAGCCUUUGCAUAUCACUACCAUCUUCGAAUACAUAAAGGAAUACAUACUGCAGGGAAACUCUACAAAUGUAUUCAAUGUGGUAAAGCUUUUUCAGAACCUAAUACUCUCCAAAGACAUAAAAGAACCCAUUCAGAAGAGGAAGCCUAUGAGUGUCAUCAAUGUGGUAAAGCCUUUGCACAUCAUCAUAUUCUUCAAAAUCAUGAAAAAACUCAUAUUGGAGAGAAAACUUACAAAUGUAAGGAAUGUGAUAAAGCCUUUUCACAACACCGUUAUAUGCAAAUACAUAAAAGAAUACACACUGGAGAGAAACCUUAUGAAUGUAAUCAGUGUGAUAAAGCCUUUGUAUGUCUCAGCAGUCUCCGAGUACAUGAAAGAACACAUACUAGAAAGAAACUCUACAAAUGUAAUCAAUGUGGUAAAGACUUUGCAAGUCAGAGUGAUGUUAAAAGACAUAAAAGAACACAUACUGGAGAGAAACCCUACAAAUGUAAUCAAUGUGGUAAAGACUUUGCAAGUCAGAGUCACCUUAAAAGACAUAAAAGAACACACACUGGAGAGAAGCCCUAUGAAUGUAAUCAAUGUGGUAAAGCAUUUUCAGACCACCAUGCUCUCCGAAUACAUGAAAGAACACAUACUGGAGAGAAACCCUUUGAAUGUAACCAGUGUGGUAAAACUUUUAAACUACACAGUCAACUCCGAAUACAUAAAAGAACACACACUGGAGAAAAACCCCAUGAAUGUAAUCAAUGUGGUAAAACCUUUGCAUGUCCCAGUAGUUUCCAAAAACAUAAAAGAAUACAUACUGGAGAGAAACCCUAUGAAUGCAAUCAGUGUGUUAAAGCCUUUGCAUAUCACAGUAGUCUCCGAAUACAUGAAAGAACACAUACUGGAGAAAAACCCUUCAGAUGUAAUCAAUGUGGUAAAAUCUUUUCACAGCCCAAUAGUCUCCGAAUACAUAAAAGAACACAUACUGGGGAGAAACCCUAUGAAUGUAAUAAAUGUGGUAAAGCCUUUCCAUAUGACAGUAGUCUCCGAGUGCAUAAAAGAACACAUACCGGAGUGAAGCCUUAUGAAUGUAACCAAUGUGGCAAAGCCUUUGGAUAUCACAGUCAUCUUCAGAGACAUGAAAGAACACAUGCUGGAGAGAAACCUUGUUAACAUAAGCAAUGUGGUAAAGCCUUUGUAUGUCACAGUAAUCUUCAAAGGCAUAAAUGAAUUCAUACUGGAUAGAAACCUCAAAAAUGUAUUUAAUAUGGUGAAGGUUUUGCAUGAUUUUAGAGUCUUCAUCAUCAUGAAAGUACACAUACUGGAGAGAAAUUCUUUGAAUGUAGACAAUGUGGUAAAGUCUUUGUGUUAUGGGGCCCACUUAGAUCCAACACAACUGAAAAAUCAGGUUAAUGCUGAUGACAGUUUAUUAUAAUCAAGCCAUUACUGAUCAAUCAGGGCCACAGAACAUACUCAGGAGCUAAACUUUAACCCUGAGCCAGAAUGGUACCAGACUUUAAAGCUUGAAAACCACAAACAUUUGUGCCAAGCUACAGCAAUGAUUUUUCACCAAUCAGAUUUAGGGCUAGAGUAUUCCUCAUGUAGUUGAUCUUUGUCAACUGAUGCAGAAUGUAAGUUUUUCAGUCUAAAAAUUAUAUCCAUUUUCUCUUUGUGGUUAGGAACAGGCUUUGUGUUUUGGGGAACAAAAGAUGCAUAACAAAAGCUGUUGUUAAGAACAGUCAAUAUGUUUUGGAAAAUAAGGACCAUGGUUAGGAACAGUCAUGAUGUUUGGGGGAACAAAGAUGAAUAAUGGAAGCUUCUCAGUGAUUAGGAAGUCUCCAGCACCCUUAUGUUUUGGGAAUGUGAAUUUAGUUUCACUAUAUGAUUAAAUGAAAUCUGAUAACAAAAUGGCUGUACUUAGGACAAUUUUUUUAUACUUGUUCACAGCAUUUGCAUAUUAUAGUCAUAUUUGAAUACAUAAAAGAGAGAAACUCUAUAAAUGGAGUUCAGUAUUAGGAAGCCUUUUCUCAGAACAGUUAUUCUCAAAUAUAUAAAAGAUCGUAUCCUGGUGAGAAACCCUACAAAUGUAUUCAAGAUGAUAAAACCUUUUCAUAACACAGUUAUUUACUAUUAGAUAAAAGAACACGUACUGGAGAGAAACCCUAUGAAUGUAAGCAAUGUGAUAAAGCCUGUACAUGUAGCAGUAGUUCAUGUAGCAGAAAUCAUGAGAAAAAGCCAUACUGCAAAGAAACCCUUUAAAUGUAGUCAGUGUGGUAUAGCUUUGCAUUUCAUGGUAUCAACAUUUAUUCAAUAUCUAAACUCUUAGUGUGUAAUCAAUCUGUUAAAGGAUUCACACAUCAUAGUGUUUAGAGACCUGAAAGAAUUCAUGCUGUAGGGGAUCUCUAAGGAUUUUAUAAGAACUUUAGCCAACAUACUUCAAUUGCACAAGAUUCUGGAGAAAACAUCUGACAAAUAUCAACAAUUUAAGCAUUAUGAUGUUUCUCUUUAUUUUGUUUGUAGUUGCAAAUUCAUAUGCACAAUAGCAGUAUGAAUCUAAAUGACAAGAUAGCCCUUUUAGAUUUCACAAUUCUCUUCAAUUACAUGAAAUAACUCAUCCAGAUGUAAAAGUUUAUGAGUGUGUAUUAGUGCCUUUUCUGUUGCUGUAAUAAAACAUAAUGCCAAGGGCAACUUAUAAAAUAGUUUACUUUGACUUAUGGUUCCAGAGGACUAUGGGAUCACCAUGAACGUGGCAGUACAACAAGUGUCACACAUGACAGCUAAAAGAGGAGACUUAUACCUCACAUCCUUAAUAUGCAGCAUGAGUUAGAGUCAGACCUAGAAAUAGUGUGCAGCUCUAAACUCUCAAGCUGACCACAAGUGAUAUAUUUCCUUCAUCAGGGCAGCAUCUUAAGUCUUCCCCCCAAAAUAAUACCAACUGAGCAGUAUUGAUUUCUUUAAUUUCACGCCUAUGCGCUUGUGUUCUGAUACCAUUCAUGAUGAAGAAAAACUAGGUAACCUUUUAGGUGCCUUAACAUCCGAGUUAAAGGAAUGAAUGCUUACAUAAAAAACAUUCAUGAAUAAAAAUUAUUUGUUUAAAAUUUUCA